AAUGUCACAUGACUGACACCACCAACCUAGAUUAACUUCGCCAGACGCCCCAUGGGUCCCCGCGCAGCCGCCAAGUGCCUCAGGCUAUAAGGUACUGCUGUAAAGGAUUCGCUUCGUUCAGACGUAGUGGUAAGGAAAAGGACACGUUGAAGGUGGCUGGGGGCUGGGGGACGCGUUGAAGGUCGGGUCCAAGCGAUAAGAUAAGGCCAUCCAGAACACGUUCAUGAGUCGUGAUAAGUCCAACUACACUUUCAAGUACCGCAACAACGACACAGGAACCAUGGCGGCAAGCGCCAUGCACCCGGAUUUUCGAGACGACAUCACCUACGAUCAGGCUGUCAAAUGUGAUGAGACGACAGCUGCGCUCAUAUACGAAUCCCAGGUCGCCGGCGAAGACGAAGAUUGGGACACGUACCUCGAAAUCGCUUUUGAAAUGCUUAAGGUCCGCACGCGCGCCUACAAACCCGAAUCAGUACCAAUCGGCGGCUCCUGGGGCUUGAUUGGAUCCGGGUUCAUGCGCGUUGGCAGGUUUGAGGAUGCAGAGGAGGCCAUAGGGAAAAGUAUUACGAUAUAUGAAGGUGCUGGCGCGCGCGAUGAGUUAGCGUUGGUUCGCGAACAGUUGGCUCAGGUGCAGGAGUGUCAAGGACGAUUUAGUGAUGCCAAAGAGACCCGUUUACGCGGCGCUGAUACAAAUGAGAUGGCGUGUCCUAACGACAAGUGUCCUACGUCAACGUACGAAUUCAGAGUGCAGAACGGUUACGCCAAACUCUUCGCAUUAAGCGACCUAAAGGCAUGUGGAGCAUGUAAAUCCGUGUACUACUGCUCCAAACACUGUCAGAAACAGGACUGGAAGGCUAGACACAAGCCUCUGUGUCAAGCCUAUAUGGCUACUUUAGGACAGUCUGACGGUCGAGAUUGAUCGUGAUGAGCUUUGAGGGCUUUGUAGCUACAUGGAGGCGUAGGGUUGAAUCACUUAGACCACGAGCGGACGACGUGUCGUUUGCACUACGGAUUGACCUUCCUAUAAUCAACUAGGAAUGUCAAACAGUUUCUCGGCAAUGUGAUGUUAUGCCCCUAUCUCCCUCGCUAAUCGUACCUAGGCUCAUCCUUUCAAGUGACGAAGACGCUGCUCAGGUCUAUGGGAAGUAGUGCGGCAUGAAUCGCACCAGAGCGAGGUCUUAUCCUGAGAGCGGGAGUAAAUUUCAAUGUGAUGUUCGCAGUUCUCGUGUUGGUUGAAGCGGCUUUGAUAAACAGAGAAUUGAAAGACUGAAACAACAACGGCUUUCCAGUAGUGUAAAGACAGAUAGACAUGAUGAUGAGAAUGAGAUAUGGC